CCUGGGCAGGGGCGGCGCAGCCUGCGCGGAGCAGCCCAGAGGAGAUAGACUGAGAGCGGAGCACGAGAACCCAAGUGCCGGGAGCCGGGGUGGCUGCAGCUUGCAGCCAUGACCCCGGGAGUUCCCCCCUCUGCCGGGGGCCAGGGUAUUUGAUACUCUGCACAGCCGCUUGCAGUUGCCCUUGGAGGUAGCCACUGUCUGACUCCUGCGGCUCCUUCUCCCACUUUUUGCCUGGGCUCUCUUGCUCCAGUCAUUCCGGAGUGGGGGCCGCCUCCCCUCCUUCGCUUGCCGGCUCCUUUUGCAAACUGGGGGUAUCUGGGCCAGCGGCAGAAGCCGCCCCCGUCGCCUCCCCCUCCUCCUGGCCCUGGCCAUGGCUCGGCGGGUCCUGGGACUAAGGGUACGGAGGGCGUCCGGCGGUGUCUGCAUCAGCCUCCCGCCGCCGCCGCCACUGCUGCUGCUCCUGUUGCUGCUGCUGGGGCAGGCGCGGGCUUUUGGGGACGAGGAAGAGAGGCGCUGCGACCCCAUUCGGAUCUCGAUGUGCCAGAAUCUGGGGUACAACGUGACCAAGAUGCCCAACUUGGUGGGGCACGAACUGCAGACGGACGCCGAGUUGCAGCUCACCACCUUUACCCCCCUCAUCCAGUACGGCUGCUCCAGCCAGCUACAGUUCUUCCUUUGUUCUGUGUAUGUGCCAAUGUGCACAGAGAAGAUCAACAUCCCAAUCGGCCCAUGCGGAGGUAUGUGCCUUUCGGUCAAGAGAAGGUGUGAACCUGUUCUAAAGGAGUUUGGAUUCGCCUGGCCAGACAGCCUCAACUGCAGCAAAUUCCCCCCACAGAAUGACCAUAACCACAUGUGCAUGGAAGGCCCGGGUGACGAAGAGGUUCCCCUACCCCACAAGACACCUAUUCAGCCCGGGGAAGAAUGUCAUACCAUGGGCACGCAUUCAGAUCAGUACAUUUGGGUGAAAAGAAGCCUGAACUGUGUUCUGAAGUGUGGCUAUGAUGCUGGCUUAUACAGUAGGUCGGCCAAGGAGUUCACUGAUAUCUGGAUGGCUAUGUGGGCCAGCCUGUGCUUCAUAUCAACUGCCUUCACAGUGCUGACCUUCCUGAUUGAUUCAUCUAGGUUUUCCUACCCUGAGCGUCCCAUCAUCUUUCUCAGUAUGUGCUACAAUAUUUAUAGCAUUGCUUAUAUUGUGAGGCUGACCGUGGGCAGGGAAAGGAUAUCCUGCGAUUUUGAAGAGGCAGCAGAACCAGUUCUCAUCCAAGAAGGUCUUAAGAACACAGGAUGUGCUAUAAUUUUCUUACUGAUGUACUUCUUUGGGAUGGCCAGCUCCAUCUGGUGGGUUAUUCUGACACUCACUUGGUUCUUGGCAGCAGGACUUAAAUGGGGUCAUGAGGCCAUUGAAAUGCACAGCUCUUAUUUCCACAUUGCAGCCUGGGCCAUCCCAGCGGUGAAAACCAUUGUCAUCCUGAUCAUGAGACUGGUAGACGCUGAUGAACUCACGGGCUUGUGCUAUGUUGGGAACCAGAACUUGGAUGCGCUCACAGGUUUUGUAGUUGCUCCACUCUUCACUUACCUGGUGAUUGGAACAUUAUUCAUCGCUGCCGGCUUGGUGGCUUUAUUCAAAAUCCGAUCCAAUCUCCAAAAAGAUGGGACAAAAACGGACAAGUUAGAAAGGUUGAUGGUCAAAAUUGGAGUCUUCUCAGUAUUAUAUACAGUGCCUGCCACGUGUGUGAUUGCUUGCUAUUUCUAUGAGAUCUCCAACUGGACGCUUUUCCUCUAUUCAGCGGAUGAUUCUAACAUGGCAGUGGAGAUGCUGAAAAUCUUUAUGUCUUUGUUGGUGGGGAUCACUUCUGGCAUGUGGAUCUGGUCUGCUAAGACGCUCCACACGUGGCAGAAAUGCUCCAACAGACUGGUGAACUCAGGGAAGGUAAAACGAGAAAAGAGGGGAGAUGGUUGGGUAAAGCCCGGGAAAGGAAAUGAAACCGUAGUAUAAAUACAGCCGACUUGCAAAGCCCCCAAAGGGAAAAUGUUUGCAUUUUGGUAGAAAUGGGUCCCCCACCCUGGUUUUAUGCAAUAACUUCAUUUGAACAGGCUCGUGGAGAUAUACACGAGUAGGCAGCACAUGUUAAAAAACAAACAGCCCCCAACACCUAACCAGAACAGCACGUCUGCUGCCAGCAGAGCUGUUCUCCCAAAUAGAAAGGCCAAUAGAGGCUUUCAAAGCUGUGAAAAAACCAAACUGCUGAUCACUUUAGCAGGUUGCAGUCCUGACAUUGUAUACAGACCCUGCAGCUUUAGUGGCAAAGUUGCUGCCCCCUGUGUGGUCAGCAGUUAUCUGAGCUGUGUUUUGUAACUUACAGGGAGAAAGAUUUUAACUUUUUAAACCCUUUAAGAUUUGGAAUAUUAACUGGGUCUUUCAAACAGUAACCCAACCAAUAAACACUGGAAAGAUUGAGUUCAGAGAAGUGUUACAAGGGUUAUCUAGUUUGGUUUUCUUGAAGGUGUUUACAGCAUAACUUAAAACAUUUUCCAUGGUGCCCAGUUUAGAGUUGUACCAAUCAUACCCUCAAUGGUGAUGUAAAAAUAUUUCAUUGUCUUUCUCAUGAAAUAGCUUUGUUUGGGCGAAAAGUACAUAGAGUCCAGUGGAUUUUUCUUCUAAGUUAAAAAACAAAACCAAAAAAAAAAAAAAAAACAAAACAUAUUUCAGUAUUUCCUUCUGUUCCAGGAUGUUAGUCUUCUUCUAUUCCCUCUCCAAUUCACAUUUUACAGUAAUGACUUAAAUGCAUAUCUGUAUGCUAAUUCCAAAAAAUUUUCAUCAUGACCAAGGGGAUGGGGGUUGGUGAGUUCGGGGUGAUUCACUUUCUGACAAUCACUUAAUUCAGAGAAAAAUGAGAUUUACCAAGUCUACUUACCUUACACACCCCAGAGACCCAUUGCAUUGAGCAAUUAAGACUUAAUAUAUUUCGCUUUGUGUGAUUGCAUCUCUGCAGACGCCAGUCUGGAAGGACUAAAAUGUUAAGUUUCUUGGCAACUUUGUGUUCACACAGAUUAACUGUGUAAUUUGUGUGUGUCAAUUACAAUUAAAAGCACAUUCUCCGACCAUGACAUAGUCCCCUGCCUGACUUUAAGCUAUGGUCAGCUUGCAUUCUCAGAAUGAUAGCACAUUUUUUUUUUUAAAUGUAAGAAUGUUAUCAGAGAGUCUGGUCUCCUCCAUUCAACAAUGGAGACAUUUUCUCUUCUGUAAAAGGAUCUAAAGCAAGCAAAUCCAAUUCCUUGGUGCACAAUUGUUUCCUAGUAAUUGGCGAUGGCUCUUGCUGGCUCCCUCAGAGGCAGCAUGGCCUGCAGUAUUUAUAUGGUGCUUAAUGAAUCUCCUGACUUCCAGCAAGGACCUUGUUUGGUUAGCAGGGGACAUAGUGUAAACCAUAUAAACCUGCUGAGUGCUGAGAACUCACAGGUCUUAAUUGCCCCAUUGUUGACUGGCCCCAUGCUUUGGUCUGUUUGAAAACUUGCUUCGUAUUGAAGGACAAGCCUUCAUCAGCUUUUGGAAAGUAGCAGUUCUUUUGAAAGUAUGGCUAUCCCAAGCAUUAACCUGCCUAAGACUUCUAGUCUACAAGCAGAUGCAGUGUUUGCCAGUGGGCAUUUCUAUCUUUCCACCCAAUUCAUAACCACUCUGAAAUUUAGUCCCUAUUUAGCAAUGGCACAUCAUUCAUUCAUUCAUUUAUUCAUCUUUAAAAAAUAAAACAAAAACUGUGGUCUUUAAGUAGGAAAGCCCUGACCCCUCUACUUUGUUUAAAAAUGUAUCCAGAGUCUCAGAAUUCCAAAUAAGUGACCAGAUUUUGGUGAUAAGCUUCUCCUUUUAUUGUGUGUUUCUGUCAAAUAUUGAACACUGUGACUGUGGUAUAAUCAGUCAGGACUCUUGGAGCCUGAGAAAGGAUCCCUGGAAAGACUAGUGUGAAUCAGCUUAGCUAAACCAGAGACCAUAUUGCAUGUAGAAUGUAAACCUUGAACUCCCUGUUUUACAUACAGACAGUUCCCAUAAAUAUCCAGGGCCACCAAAUACUUGCACAAGGACAGAUUCUGCCCUUACUCACGCUCUGCUCCAGUGCCUAGGGAGUUGUGCAUUAAAUCUGGCCCAAGGAAAGGAGGAAGAACUACUCAGGAGACUUAAUAUGGCUGUCUGGCUGUUAACAGUUCUGGAUUUUACAACUCUUAAUCCUAACAUUUCAGUGAUCUUGUGAUUUGGGCAGUCUAAUCCAGUAGAGAAUACUUGAGUGGGAAAGUCAGGAGACUGGCUUUCACAUGCUGGAGCAUUGGUCAUUUGCUAGGUGCUGACAUGCCAUACUGCUCAUUAAGUCUCUUGCCUUCUAAAGUAAAAGAGCCCACAAUCAAUAGCAGUCACCUCUACUAGCUGAGUUGAAACUCUGACCACAUAGAUCACCAUGUCAAGUUUCUUUCCUGCUGUCUUUCAAAUGAAUGAUGUAUUUAAAACUGAAAACAGUUGCUCUUAACCUGUUUUGUUGCAGGAACCCCAUCCCUCUGAUAACAGUUUGGGAAAAAAAAUCUAUGGACUACUUCAAAAAUAAUGAUUUUAAACACAAAAUGUAAAUGAUAUAAGAUUACCAAGGAAAGAAAUUCAAAUUUAAGAAAAAAAAUAUAUUUUUGUAAUUUAUGGACUCUGGAUUAAGAACUACCUCCAUAGGGAGAGGGAUUUGGUGGAAUGUUUGCAGCUGUUUUCCAGUUUGUAAAUUGACUUUUUGCUGUAGCUAGCCCUCAGUCAGACUAGAUCUGCUUUGAAACACUUCUAUCCCAUUUGAUCUUUGAACCCAAAGAAUGCCUACCAUGUACAGAACUCUAUUGACAUAAAGGUGUAAACAUUCAUUUUAUUCUACUCCUGUGGGUUUUUGCCACAGGGUGGCAUAAUACUGGCUUCAUUUGGGUCUCUUGAAAUGCUUUAUCUGUUUUGCAAAGCAGAAUGGAACCUCUCUGAAAGUCUGUCCAUCUGUUCCAUAGACUUGGACCUUGUGGGACCUUCCACUCUUUCCUGAGUGACUGAACAAAAAGACUCCUUAUUGUGGGAGCAUGGGCAUGGAGGUGGUGGGGUGGGAAGUAGCCCCCAACUCUGCAGGGAAACCUUAUGAAUUGUUAUGCAAACAGCCUUUUUUCCAAAGCUGAGAUCCAUUUCUGCUGGCUUCAGGAAGACCAGGUAUCUUUUACCCCCUUUUUCAAUUAAAUUAAGCAUCUAGAAGGAAGAUAGAAAGUUUGGAUAAGGCAUGGCCCAUGGCCUCUGCUGGAGGGAGAAGACAAAUCCAGAUGGCUUUAAUAUACAGCAUUAUAUGGUAAAUGUAUCAGACAAUUGCAAACAAAGUGCUUUGUGAGUAUAGGUCUGAGGGGGAAGGUAAUUCCACUAGCAGGCAAUUCCAUUUCUUUUUCUCUGUACUGGAAUUCACUGUGGCUUAUCUUCAUUAAUGUUAGGGCAGUAUCUUGCCUGGCAAAAAGCCAAGACUGCUUUUUUUCCCUUUCGAACUUGGGAGAAGUUGUCAUCUGUCACUUCUGGGAAGACUCUUUGGCAGCUGGAGAAUUUAGCUAUAAAACCCAAAGCAUCUCCAUCCACUUUCAGAUGGGAAUCUAGGCUAAACCAUUAAAUGAGGCUAUUCUUGAAUCUCUGCUGAAUUUCUUCCCUCUCCUCUUCUGCCCCUCCCCCUCCUUAGAUCAAGAUGAAUUUCUGGGCAAAAGAGAGUGAGUUACUUACUAUGGAGUCUGUUUGGGCAAGCGAGGUGGUCUAGCUGAACUUGAUUCACAUCCUUUUCUUCUAAUGCUGACCCAUUUUCUGUCCCCUUGAACUGCUGCUUGGUUAGCAGCUUGCUCAGGUGUCCUGAACUGGACAAAAUUGGAGGGGGAGCAGCUUCAUUUCCAUGAAUUGUCUUCCUUUUGACUUCUUCCCAUUGAUUUUCCCAUACACUGGAGAUCAAGAUUUUGAUUUGGAAAGGAAUCUUAAAAAACACUGAGUCCAACCUUUUCAUUCUACAGAUAAGGGAACUGAAGCACAUAGAAGUUGAGUUAUUUGCCUAAAAUUAGAUAAAAAUAUUUAAGGCAGGAUUUUAAACUAAGGCUUCCAGACUCCAAAUCUAGUUCUCUAUUCUUGGAAUCCAGAUCUUAAGACUUCGUUAAUAUUAACAGAUCCACAUCAAGUUCACUAGGCCAGCUCCUUUUUACCUUCUCUAGGUCUCAAUUUUUACAUCUGUGAAAUGGAGGAGAUAGAUUAGAUCAGAGGUGUCAAAUAUACAACUUACAUUCAUAUGUAUUUUUCUAAGUCAAUAUUCAGGCCUGCCAGAUCCUGAGAGUUUCUAUAUGAUUUUGAUACCAUUAGAUCACUGAGAACUUUUCCAUCUUUAAAUCUAUGAGCCUAUAAAUUCUUUCAUAGCAACUCCUGCCAAAGUAUGAAAAGAUUUCACUACUGUGGUGCAAUCUUCAGCUAUUUGGAGAGGUGGCAACUGCAGUACUUCUUACAGGAACCAUGAAGUUCAGAGCUGAAAUACUGAGGAAGUAGCCAAGGAAAAUCUAAAACAAACCUCUGACUGCAUGCUAUGUGGAACUGUGGAGACAGUGCUGGAGUUGGAGUCAGGAAAACUAGAGGUCACAACCUGCCUUGAACACUAGCUGUUUGACUGCAAUCAAGUCAUUUAACCUCUCUGAGCCUCAGUAUCCUCAUCUGAAAGAUGGAAAUAAUACUUCUAAUAUCUACUUGGAGGCUCAAAUGAUAUAUAAAGCAUGUAAAAAGUGCUUUGCAAACUUUAAAGCCCUCUAUAAAUCUCAUCAUUAUUAUUCUAUUCCAUAGCAGGCAUGUUGGAGAGGGUUUUUUAGUUAAAUACUCAUACUUCAUUGUUCUUUGGCAAAUUCCUUAUUCUUUUCCUUCUUGUAUUUGGGUCCAACCUCCUAACUUGGGCUUAUAUUUUGCCUGGAAAGGGAACUAUUCUUUCCCUUCUUAAGGCCCAAGAUAGGGAUUCUUUACAGCUGUCAAGAGAACACUUUGCUUGACCAGGGAGGGAAUAUACUGCCCAUUUUUCAAAGAAGUGGCAUUUAUUUGAUUUCACUAGAAUAUUUUCUCAGCCAAUCUGCUUAGUUCUUCUACUUCCUGCCAGCCACUUGGGUAACAUAAUUUACACAGCAUGAAGUAGGCCCUUGAGAGUGGUGUUGCAACAAAGGUCCUGCUGUAAUGCUUUCUUUUGCUAAGGCUAACUGGCCCUGAUCACAGUGACUUGGGCCCCAUUUAAGCUUCUCUUUUUUUUCUUUUUCCUUUAUGAACUGGCAAAGUCUGCAGUAUUGAUUCAAGGUAGGGCCCAAGGAGAGAGGCUUGGCUCAAAUUCAUUCGUUUCUAAUUUGCUUGAAUUUCUCACAGUGUUCAAAAUCACCAUCAUCAUUCAAGGUGGCAUUUAGGUAGACUAGUGCUUUUGGUUUUCUUCAUCGCUGGUUUUGUCUGUCCCCUCUAAACUCUGAAGAAAAGAAGUUCUGGUCAAUGAAAGAUUGACAUCCAUUUUUGUUUUCAGUUGGUCUUUGUUUCAGAAAUGUUGUCAUUCCAGCUCUGUUGUUGACAUUCUGCUGUUUGAUUGUAAAGUCAAUGAAGGCUGAGGUCAUGUCUUCCUCAGCAUCUGUCACUGGAGUCCUAUAAAUGGAAGGUGCUUUCUCACUUUGUGUUUGUUGAGGAAAAGAAUGAUUGACUCAGUAAUUGUACCUAUGUUUAGGUCAAUCACUUAAACCACUCAUUGCCAGAGUCUCUACCUGUGGCUCCCAUCUACCUUGCAGGGGUAUUGUGAGUGAGGUCUUAAAAGUGUCAACACUGAAGGCCCUCAAGCUCCGGUGCUUCGCCUAUUGACUGCAUUUAGCAGGGGGGACAGCUGAUAUGGGACUAGUCCUAAUGCAAAUGGCAUUGCAGCCAUAGCCGCAGCCAGCUCUUGUAUCCCCUCUUACGUCCACCCUACUCCCACCCACCUGGAGGUCAACCUGCGAAGGUUCUGAGAUGUUGGACAUAGAGGUACCAGGAUGACAGUCUAUUAAACAUAUCCUGAAUGAAUUUCUGAACUUCAAAGACAAUGCAUACUGAUGUUUUUUUAGGAUGUACAAAAGCAUAUCUGCAUUGAUGUAUGUACUGUAAAUUUCUAAUUUAUCACUGUACAAAAGAAACUUUGCUAUUUAAUUUUUGUAUCAAAGGAAAAUAAAGUUUUGUUUAUUAA